ACUGCACUAUACAAGACAGGAGCCCUGACAUCCUGGGAAUUCCAGGAUAAGAACCACCUCUCUGGGAAAGAGCAUACAGAUCCCAGGAAGUACAUUCACCCAGUCAGUGGGAAUGGCGAGUGUUUCAUCAACAGUAAAUAGCUGGUCUGAAAACCUGAACCCUCCACAACUUGUGAGGGAUUUGGGUUUACAGGAUCAUUAUCCUCACAAACUGUCAUUGACGUCCAUGCGGGAGGUAUCCUGGGGUAAACUGGACGACAACAAACCAACUCGACCAGAAGAUAUUCCUUGGCGAUUUCUCCAAAGGAUCCUCUCAGCUAAUUCACUGGCGAGGAAUCCUGAAUGGCCCCCUGCUCAGUCCUUGGAAGACAAGAAAGAUGAUGUUGAAGAUUUCAACGAUUUCUUUGAAGUGAAAGGGCCAGAGACUUCUGGGAUUAACCCUCUGGAUAUCAUUGCUGCCAUUUUCCUCUGUGCCGACCAUUCUCUCCAGCAGGAAUUGAUGCUGAAAAUGUCUCUGUGCCAACUUGCAUUACCCUUUCUGCUGCCGGAAGGGCACAGUUACCCCAGGGACAAGGUGAGGGGACCCAUGGAAGGACCUGGUGCCACCCUUCUCCUCUGGGCCAUGAGGCCCAUUGUUAAAAUGUGGUGCCCACAAUCUCCCACAGGGAGCAGCCGCGUUGUGGAGAUGCCCAUCGUGACAGCAACCGUGCCAACUGUCUCCUUCCUCAGACUCGGAAGGUGCACGGUGUCCAAAUCCAAACUCCUCAAUCUCACCUUGAGCCAGACCAAGCUGCAGCAGAACAUCUUCCUGCACUCCGGUAUGGAAUGUGGGAAUGUGCCCCGUAGGAUAUCGGAUGGGAUGGCUGAGAUCAGCUGGUAUCUACCUUCUGGGAAGAGCAACACGGACAUUUUCCCGGAGGCUGCUGCAUUCAUCAACCUCCGAGGUGAUGCUGAAACGUACCAGCGACACACUCGGUUUCUGGCAAAAGUCUCUGCUGCUCUCUUUAUUUUCAUUGACGUUAUCGGUGAGAAGGAAAGAGAAUUCCUCACCUCUCUCGCACAAUCACCGGCAAAACUCUUUCUGAUAGUGAACACUAACAUCAGUCAGCAACACAUCACCCCUGGGCAGGUAAAGAAACUGUUCAAAGAUCUGAAGUUACAACCUCAACAAUGCAUUGUUCGGACAAAUGUAAACAAGACCAAAUUUGUGGAAAAACUUUGUUUUCAGGUAAAACAAGUGAUUCUAAUGAGUGACAGGGACCAGAGCUUCCUGAGUCUGGAACAAAUGGGUGACAGUGCGAGAGAAAGUGGGAUUCAGGUCGAUGAACAUCAGCCUGAAAUACAACGGGCCAAGGACCUGACCAAAAUACUGGGCAGUCUUAACCCUGCAGACAUCAUUGGGUAUAAAAAGAGAGUGCUGCCCUUUCAUGGAGAGCCCUGGCAAGGACUGACUAAAGUUGAGAAAGAAAAGUCUCGGAUGAAACUCCGUGGGGACAGAACCACAGAGAAGUAUAACCAGGAGUUGGACCAAGACAAGAAUAGAAUCCGGGAUGCUCAGCUCACACAGAGCCUGUCGGUGGAGAUGAAGAUAUUCAUUGACCAUCUCACCUGUCCUGGUGGGGAUGACAGGGCCAUUUCCUUGCAGUGGCUGAAGCUGAUGCUGGACAGUAAAUCAAGGGAAAUCAUGGCAGGAUUGCGCAGGGAUUAUAAAGAACUGAGCAAACACUCAAAGCAGAAGGUCAAGGAGCUGAAGGACGUGGAUCAGAAGAUGACUGAUAGUUCCCUGGGACUUGAGCACUUCAUGAGGGAACUGGGCCAGGUUUAUGAACUCUCAGUGACACAACACAACAUCAAGCAACAAACACAGAUCCACCCACAUGUGCUUCAGUUACCGGGUGUUGCUGCUGAACUGUUGCUGGAUGGGUUCCCACUGGAGCUCAUUGAUGGAGACGUCUCCAACGUUCCUGUUUCAUGGAUCACUGCUGUACUGGAAGCAGUGGCCGAGAAGGUGGGACGUGCUUCCCGAGUGUUUGUGCUGACAGUAAUUGGAGUUCAGAGCACAGGCAAGUCCACGCUCCUCAAUACAAUGUUCUGUUUGCGGUUUGCUGUGAGCAGCGGCCGAUGUACUCGAGGGGCCUACAUGCAGCUGAUGAAGGUCACAGAGGAGCUGGGCUGUGACUUCAUCCUGGUCAUUGACACGGAGGGGCUGAGAGCUCCAGAACUUGCAACACUAACAGACAGCUACGAACACGACAAUGAGCUGGCAACAUUCGUGGUGGGAUUAAGCAACAUAACGUUGGUAAACAUAGGCAUGGAAAACAUCGCAGAGAUGAAAGAUAUUUUACAGAUUGUUGUUCAUUCCUUACUCCGCAUGAAACUGACGGGGAAAAGACCAAAGUGUAUAUUUAUCCACCAGAAUGUUGGAGAUGUGAGUGCACAUGAUCACAAUCUGAGAGGCCGUCAGAAACUACUGGAACAGCUGGAUAAGAUGACAGAGGCUGCAGCAAAACUGGAGAAGGUGGAUGGAGUAACGUUCCGUGAUGUGAUGGACUAUGAUGCUGACAAGGACAACUGGUACAUCCCUGGUCUGUGGCAAGGUACACCCCCAAUGGCUGCCGUCAACACUGGCUACACUGAACACGUCUUCCAACUGAAGAAGAGUCUCAUUCAAUGUUUACUCAAAGGGAAACUAGAACAAGGAGCUUUCACAAUCCCAGACUUUACCAAAUGGAUGACUGGCCUUUGGGAGCAGGUGAAACAUGAGAAUUUUAUUUUCAGCUUCCAGAACAGUCUAGUCGCAGAGGCUUACAACCAGCUCUCUGUGAAGUACAAGGACUGGGAGUGGGAGCUCCACAAAUUCAUACAUUAUUGGGGAAACAAGGCUGAAAACACAGUAAACAAUGCCAGUGGUGACCUCAACCUACUGCUCCAAACACUGGAACGUGAGAUCAGGAUGGAGAUUAACAAAAGGGAGGGUGAGACUCUGGAUAAACUAAAAGCUCUGUUUGAAAGUGGGGCUGAUAACGUGCAGCUGAUGGAGAAAUACAGGGAGGAAUUCAAGCUCAGUAUCUCCAGUUUAUGCAGACGGCUUCAGGAUGUUUCAAUACACAGAUGUAAGGAUGCUGUGAACAGAUGUGUGGGACUGCAGGAAGUGGAUGAUAGUUGGAAUAAAUGUCACAAGAAGAUCGAACAACAGGUCAAGGAGCUUUUAUUAAAGUGUAAAGGAGCAAAUCAGGUGUUGGGUGACGAGGAACUGCAAACUGCCUUUGGAAAGAUGUGGCAACACACACUGUCACAGCUGGACUAUCAGCCCUGUAGAGAAAGAAACAUUGAACUGGAGAUUGAAAAUCUUCUCAGAGAGAACACAGCAACUCAAGGGAGGGUGAUUAAUGAAAUGCUAAAAAGAAAAUCUCUCUGUAAACAGGGAACUCAGUGCUUUCAAAUUGAAGGGAAACACAUCAACACGACAUGGAUGAGACGUGCUAAAACCACAAUUGGGAUAUCCUCGCACCAAUCAGAUGUUAUUCAGGCAGCAAUGAUAACACAGUCCCUAGAGGAUCAAUGCCAUCAAUGGAUCAGUGACAUCACAAAAAUGGACAUGGAUUAUGACAAUAGAUAUUGUAUUGAUCUUUUGAAUAUUAUAGAGGAGAAAAUUAACAAUAUUUCACACCCAAACUUCACAAUGAGUGAGGAAUUCAGGGCUGAGUUUAAACUUCACCUGUGUGGUUUCGCUGUACAAAGAUUCCAAGAGAUGCAGACGAGGUUCAUAAAGAAACACGACCCGCGGCAAAGACUGGAAAACAUGAAGGGUCAAUACUUUGAUCUCUUCAUGGAUAUUUACACAGAGCAGGAUGCGAACCAGAGACAAGCAGAACGGUUUGCAAUGUCUUUCCUCAACAUCAUGGAUGAUAUGAAACAAAAUGACCCUGAGAGAAAGUACAGUCUCCGCAACAACUUCACUGUGGCCCUCCUGGUGCACUUGAAACAAAGGGAUACAUUUGAUGACUAUUACCGGUAUAUCACUGACCUUGAGAAUUUGGCCAAAGACUGGCUCCAUCACCAGGUUAUUGAACACUGCAAGACACAACGUGAUGGAGAGAGCACGUUUACCCGUCUGGCUAAAGGAAUCCUCACACAGAUCACUGGGAAAGCUAAAGAGAUUGUUGAGGAUGCAGUGAUGCAGAACUUUGCUGGAAAUGUUCAGAGCUUCCUGGACAUGUUUGUUGAAAAGUUAAAGACCAGGAUCUCAAUGCCCAAAGAUGAAAUGAAACUCGUUAUGUUUCACAGUGACGGUGAUGGCAAGAAAUGGGCAGAAGCAGUUCUGUCAUCUAUUGAAGACGUGGAGCAGAGACUCCUCAGUGAGGUAACAGGCUGGGAUGUCCAAGCAAAGAUUGAAGAAUUAUCCAUUAAACCCAGGGAUGAGUUGUUCAAAGGGUUAUUCAAUUGUACUAAGAAAUGUCCUUUCUGUGGGGUUUUCUGUGAUUCAGAGACCCCGGUACAUUCACAGCACUCUUGUAAGCAGCACAGACCUGAAGGUCUUAGUAGAUAUCGCUCCAUGAAGAGCAAACGUCUUGUAACUGACGUCUGCACAGCUUUAGUCGCAGGUAAUGGAUCAUUUAGAAAUGACGACAAUAAUUGGGAAUUGAAACCUUACAAGGAUUACCAAACUGUCAAUGAUUACUACAAAUCCUGGACCAUCCAGCAGGAAAUUUCCGCACAGGCAGCAUCCUAUUGGAAGAACGUUUUCUACACUUUCAAUGAGCAGUUUGCUGAAAAAUAUGGAGUAAAACCUGCAGAGAUCGAUGAAGGCUGGGACAUUGACUGGUAUGUAGUGAGGGGAGAUCUGAAUAAGACGUAUAACACAAAUAUUCAGUCUUGGUGAGGUGCCUUUA